UCCGGCGGAUAUGUGCAGAUUUUACCUUGAAUUGCGCACUUUUUGCUAAAGUUAUCAAUUUUAGCAUAGUGAUAGUUUUUAAUACCCCAGUUUGAAGAACAUCUGUGGCUUAGCACAUGAUUUAGGACAUAUUUGUUUUCUUCAGCUCGAUCUAUUCGUACGUCGGGCAUCGGCAAACUUGUGGUUACGAUAGUGGAGGGUGUGGAUCUCAAGUCAUCGGACCCGAGUGGUAUGAGCGACCCGUACUGUGAAGUAAGCAUGGGGAGCCAGGAGCACAAGACGCGCGUCUGCCCUCAGACUCUCAACCCGAAAUGGAACUCGACCAUGACCUUUACAGUCAAGGACAUGGAGCAAGAUGUGCUUUGUAUCACAGUGUUCGACAGGGACUUUUUCUCACCAAACGAUUUCUUGGGUCGUACGGAAGUCAGUCUUGCAAGUCUGUUAAAGAAAGGCAAGGGACCGUGGCACGAGAGGCUACUUCUACACGAGGUCACUACGGGCGAAGUGCUGGUUAAACUGGAGCUACAUUGACUCACAGGGGACAAGUGACUUGUGGGAGAGGUCAUAGUAACAUAGGAGCUACAAUGGCAAGUUACGUGCAGGGGGGAUUUUAGUCAAAUUGGAGCUACAACGGCAAGUUACGCGCAGGGAAGGUCUUAGUCAAGUUAGAGCUGCCGUGACAAGUGACUUACAGGGGAGGUCUUAGUCACAUUGGAGCUACAAUGGCAAGUUACAUGCAGGGGAGAUCUUAGUCAAAUUGGAGCUGUCGUGACAAGUGACUUGUUGGAGGGGUCUUAGUCAUAUUGCAGCUACUGUGAUAGUGCCUCCCCGAGGAGGUCUUAGCCUCAAAGGAGAGGUCUAAGUCAUAUUGGAGCUACCAUGACAAGUGACUCACAGGGGAGGUCUUAGUCAUUUUACAGCUUGUGUGACAAGGUGGCUUACAGCUCGCCUUAGUCAUCUUUGAGUACUGGUAACAUGGCAACCCACAGGGAUGUCCUGUUUUGUCCAUACUAUCUUGAGGAAGGCCUCAGAAGAACCAUUAUUAAGAACCUACAAAUGGAUAGCUUAACACUAUUCACACACUCACAGCCCUAGUGAUAGAUAGACCAGGCGGGAACCACAGAGACCUAACGGUAGACAAUAAGGACCUUAUACAAUGAUAGCCUCUACAGCAUUGAACUGGGAAUUUGGUGAGGAAAAAGCUGGUAGUCUAGUAGACCAGGAAUUUCUUGCUUUAGAGCUCCAUGUCAUCUUUCCAGUGCAAACAGUAAAACCAUGAAGAACUGAAAUAUCUGUGGCAUGUUUUUUGACUUCUGACGAAUCAGACACAAGAAUUCAAACA